CAAAGUGGCUUAUACUGCAAUACAGCGUCGGUAUAUGAGAUUUGUCACAAUUUGGAAGCAGUCUAUUCCAUCAUCUAGCCAAAAACGCAAACACCCUGAGAAGUCAGAGAACAAUUUCCUUGAGGGAUUUCCUUCAAGAUACUGGCUCCCAGCUUUCUUCUUUCCACAAGCCUUUCUUGCUGCUGUGCUUCAAGACUAUGGGAGGUCCCGAGGAAUCUCUGUGGAUACCCUCACCUUCACCCACCAUGUGAUUUCCGACACCACUGACAAGGAUGAGAAGUUCUCCGUAUUUAUGCCAAAGAAACUCAAUAUAGUCAGGAGAGCAUUUAAGGGCUUGGAUUCCUCUCACACUGGAGUUUACAUUUUUGGUUUAUUCAUCGAGGGGGCAAGAUGGAAUCGCGAACAAAAGAUACUGGAAGACUCGCUGCCUCUGGAGAUGUGCUGUGAUUUUCCCGACAUACACUUUUUGCCAACAAAGAUUUCUACCGAAACACCAAAUGCUUCCAACCAGACAGAUUCAGAAUGCUAUACUUUUGAAUGCCCAGUUUACCAGACACCUGAGAGGUCAAGAAUUUUAGCAACUACUGGUUUACCAAUAAACUUUUUAACAUCAGUGUAUUUAUCAACGAAGAAACCUCCUAGUCACUGGAUCACAAUGCGGGUUGCAUUGCUUUGUGAGAAGAAUGAAAAAUAAAUGUCCAUACCAAACCAUUUUAA